AUGAAUCUGGUUGUGUGUGGAAGUGGCGGGACAUUGAAAUCCUCCAUAUCAGAGCUGAUCCUGAGAGACGUGGAGCUUCAUGGAUGUCAGAUCAGUCUGGUGGAGCUUCCAGCUCUGUUCAACACUCGUCUCUCAGAGGAGCAAGUGAUGCGUCAGACUCUCCACUGUGUGUCUCUCUGUGAUCCUGGAGUUCAUGUUUUCCUCCUCAUUAUUCCUGAUGCUCCUCUAAAUAAUGAAGACAAAGCAGAAAUGGAGGAGAUCCAGAGGAUCUUCAGCUCCAGAAUCAACAAACAUAUGAUGAUCCUCAUAAUGCAGAGUUCAGAGCAUCAGACAGCAGAACUCAAUGAAGAAACACAGUCUGUCAUUGAGAGAUUUGGAGGUCGACAUCAUUUCUUUGGUCCCAACACACAAGUGUCCACAUUGAUGAAGAACAUUGAGAAGAUGCUGCAAGAAAACAGAGGAGAGUUUUUCUCCACAGAGACAUUUCUGGAGAUGCAGAUGAAAAAACUGAUGAAAUAUGAAGAGAUAAAGGAAAUUCAUUCACUGGAGACACAUUUACUGACUCAAGGUUCACAAGAAAACACAGGUGAAGUGAGGAUUGUGCUGCUGGGAAAAACUGGAGUUGGGAAAAGUGCAACUGGAAACACAAUCUUAGGAAGAGACGCGUUUAAGGCACAAGCAUCUUUUGAGUCAGUAACUAAAGAGAGUCGGAGAGAAACAUCUGAAAUCAACGGCCGACAGGUUACUGUGAUCGACACUCCAGGAAUGUUUGACACUGAACUGAGUAAUGAGGAGAUCCAGAGAGAAAUCAAACACUGCAUCUCCAUGAUCCUGCCUGGACCACAUGUGUUUCUACUGAUUCCUCUGGGACGAUUCACUAAACAUGAGGAAACAUCAGUGAAGAUCAUCCAAGAGACGUUUGGAGAGAAAUCUCUAAAGUUCACCAUGGUGCUUUUCACCAGAGGAGACGAUCUGAAGAACAAAACCAUUGAACAGUGUUUGGGAAAACCUGGAUCUCCUUUGAUGAAUCUGAUUGAAGCGUGUGGAAACAGAUUCCAUGUGUUCAAUAAUAAUCAGACUGGAGACCGAACACAGGUGUCUGAUCUACUGGAGAAGAUAGACAACAUGGUGACAGCGAACGGAGGGAGUUUCUACUCAUGUAAGAUGUUCAGAGAGAUGGAGAGAGAGAAACAAGAACAACAGAUGAAGAUCCUGAUGGACAGAGUCAGAGAAAGAGAAGAGGAGAUGAAGAAAUUAGAAGAAGAGAAAGAGAGAAUGAAGAUAAUGAUGGAGGAAGAACGACAGAAUCAUGACAAAGAGAGAAAAAGAAGAGAAGAAGAACUCAAAAGAGAAAUAAGAGAACAAGAGAAACAUCAGAGAGAGAUACGAGAUGAGAUGAGACGAGAACGAGAGAGAUUUAAUCAAGAAAUAGAGGAAAUGAGGCGAGAAAAGGAGACGAGAGAAGAACGAUAUAGAAGAGGAAUAAAAGAGAAAGAAGAGAGUGAGGAAAAGAUCCAUGAGGAGAUGAAGAGAGAACGAGAGGAAUGGGAGAAACAGAAACUAGAGGGAAAGAUGAGAAGAGAAGAAGAGGAUGAGAAAAGAAGAGAGAAAGAACAGAGGUCAAAAAUACAACUGUGUGAUAUUCCUGCUGCCAGUCUCCCAUCCAGACGGAUUGUUCUUCUUGGUAAAACUGGAGUUGGGAAGAGUGCAUCUGGAAACACAAUACUGGGACAGAAAGUGUUUAUAACAGUGAUGAGAACUAGUUCAAUAACCCGUGAAUGUUCAGAAGCUCACGGCACUGUUUCAGGCAGAUCUGUGUCUGUAGUUGAUACUCCUGGAUACUUUGACACAAAGAUGAAACCUGAAGAGUUAAUGACAGAGAUUGCAAGAAGUGUUUAUAUAUCCAGUCCUGGACCUCACACUUUUCUCAUUGUGUUUCCUGUGAAUAUGAGAUUCACUGAACAAGAGCAGCAGAUUCCUCAGAUGAUUGAGAUGAUGUUUGGUGAGGAGGUGUUAAAUUACUCCAUCAUUCUCUUCACUCAUGGGGACAUGUUAGAAGAUGAGACAGUAGAGAGAAUCAUUGAGUGUAACAGUAGAUUGAGAGAUCUAGUUGGUCAGUGUGGAGGCAGAUAUCACAUCUUCAACAAUAGAGAUCUGAAUAACAGAGAGCAGGUGAAUGAUCUACUACAGAAGAUUGACACAAUGAUAGAGCAGAAUGGAGGAGGACACUACAGUAAUCAGAUACUUGAAGAGGUUCAGAGAAAAAGACAGACCUGUGUCUGUAGUUGAUACUCCAUGAUUCUUUCACACACAGAUGAAAACUGAUCAGUUAGUGACAGAGAUAUGACAUUUAUUUAUCCAGUCCU